UGCGCGAGACACGACUACAUGCGCGCGCGCCCUCACAGGAGCGCGCAACGCUUGCUACGGGCGGAGUCGUCUGGGGGACCCGGAGUCCCGGCCUCUGUCCAGCAUGGCCUCACUGAGUUCGCGGAGCUUCUAAUUGCCACGCGGGCGUCAGGUGCAUUCAUUUCACCACGGAGAUCUGAAGAAGAAGAGCUUAUUUGCACUCCCUUUCCUUCCCUCUUCCCACCCCCAAAGCAUCCGCCCGCUGCUGGCUAUGUUAAAUUCCCAUACUCCUGUGCCGCUUCUGGAUUUGAUGACUUUCACUCCAUUAUCAAACUAUAGAGGCAGCCCUUUUUGCUCAGGAUACACAUGAAUACAGAGGUUUUCCCCGUCACUGCCAAGAGACCCAACAGUCUGCUUUGGAAUUAGAUAAUGCACUGAGAACCCUAGCAUUUCUCUCAGAUCAGACUCUUUGAAUGAUAGGAGGAAUAUAGGAUUGAGAAACUUUCAUUCCCUGGAAGGGAACAUGCCAGUUGUGAAAAGCCCAAAGUUGUAAAUUGUCAGAUGGUGACUGCCUGGGAAACCUAUCAAGAUUCCUGACAGCUCAGCUGAGAACCUAAUUACCAGUUACAAAGAGAGACAGGAAAAACGUGUUGUCAGAGUGAGCCGGGUCAGAGAGAAUGAAGUAUGAUGUCCCAGCCUCAUCAUCAGCCUCCUUCUUGUUUCGACUAGAACAAAACACAUUAGUAUAAUUGACAUUACACAUGUUUAUCAUCUGGAACAAAGGAACCAUGUCAAACCAUAACUCUGUAUCAGCUGAGUCGUUGGUAAUCAUAUAAACUGAACAAUGGCAUUUGACCUGAUUGUACAAAAACACUUCCGGGAUUCUCCAUGCCAAGGAUAAUACCAUCCUGUACUUAACUUUUCUCUUGGAAUUUACACAGACUUCAACCAAUUCUCCAGUCCUCCUCAUUUCCUGCAGUGAAGAAGAAAAGUGAUCUUUUGUUCUAGUGAAGCCCAGAAACGGAUAUGUUGGAAGUUGCUGACCAGAUUCUGGGUUAUCCACCAUUGCAUCAGAUGCCAAUUCUGGUCCAGUAAGCUAAGGCAAAAGGGACAUAACUAUGGCUACCUUGGGACUGUCUCUUCAACAGAGGCUGUGGGUUGGAAAGUUUUCCUUAGGAAGGAAAUGUGGAUGUAGCAGUCAUGAUGUUCUGUCUAGAACAGAAAUAAGAAACCACAUGUAGAAAGUGCAUGGGAGAGUGUUCUGCCUGCUUCCGGACGAGCAAGAAGACUUGUGCUCCGGUUCUCGGACUUCCCCAGCAGCAUGGCCCCCAAACGCCAGUCUCCUUUCCCGCCUCAAAAGAAGAAACCAAGACCACCUCCUGCUCAGGGACUGGAUGAGACAUCGGCCUCUGCAGGCUUGCCGAAGAAGGGAGAAAAAGAACAGCAAGAAGCAAUUGAACACAUUGAUGAAGUACAAAAUGAAAUAGACAGACUUAAUGAACAAGCCAGUGAGGAGAUUUUGAAAGUAGAACAGAAAUAUAACAAACUCCGCCAACCAUUUUUUCAGAAGAGGUCAGAAUUGAUCGCCAAAAUCCCAAAUUUUUGGGUAACAACAUUUGUCAACCAUCCACAAGUGUCUGCACUGCUUGGGGAGGAGGACGAAGAAGCACUGCAUUAUUUGACCAGAGUUGAAGUGACAGAAUUUGAAGAUAUUAAAUCAGGUUACAGAAUAGAUUUUUAUUUUGAUGAAAAUCCUUACUUUGAAAAUAAAGUUCUCUCCAAAGAAUUUCAUCUGAAUGAGAGUGGUGAUCCAUCUUCAAAGUCCACUGAAAUCAAAUGGAAAUCUGGAAAGGAUUUGACGAAACGUUCAAGUCAAACGCAGAAUAAAGCCAGCAGGAAGAGGCAGCAUGAGGAACCAGAGAGCUUCUUUACCUGGUUUACUGACCAUUCUGAUGCAGGUGCUGAUGAAUUAGGAGAGGUCAUCAAAGAUGAUAUUUGGCCAAACCCAUUACAAUACUACUUGGUUCCUGAUAUGGAUGAUGAAGAAGGAGAAGGAGAAGAAGAUGAUGAUGAUGAUGAUGAAGAGGAAGAAGGAUUAGAAGACAUUGAUGAAGAAGGGGAUGAGGAUGAAGGCAAAGAAGAUGAAGAUGAUAAUGAAGGGGAGGAAAGAGAGGAGGAUGAAGGAGAAGAUGACUAAUAGAACACUGAUGGAUUCCAACCUUCCUUUUUUUAAAUUUUCUCCAGUCCCUGGGAGCAAGUUGCAUUCUUUUUUUUUUUUUUUUUUUCCUUCCCUCUUGUGCUCAGUCACCCUGUUUUUGAGGUCUCUUUUCUCUACACCAUGGUUCUCAACUUAUUUUGGGGGGAAAUAUCUUGAGCAGGAUACAAUGGGAAAAGAGUCUCUACCCCUUUCUGUUUGAAAUUCAUUUGUAUCCCUUCCUGUCUUAACAAAAACUGUAUGGAAUCAAUACCACCGAGCUCUGUGGGAUAAAAGAAAAACCUGCUCCCUUCGCUCUGCUGGAAGCUGGAGGGUGCUAGGCCCCUGUGUAGUAGUGCAUAGAAUUCUAGCUUUUUUCCUCCUUUCUCUGUAUAUUGAGCUCAGAGAGUACACUGUGUCUCUAUGUGAAUAUGGACAGUUAGCAUUUACCAACAUGUAUCUGUCUACUUUCUCUUGUUUAAAAAAAAAAGAAAAAAAAAACUUAAAAAAAUGGGGUUAUAGAAGGUCAGCAAAGGGUGGGUUUGAGAUGUUUGGGUGGGGUAAGUGGGCAUUUUGACAACAUGGCUUCUCCUUUGGCAUGUUUAAUUGUGACAUUUGACAGACAUCCUUGCAGUUUAAGAUGACACUUUUAAAAUAAAUUCUCUCCUAAUGAUGA